UAAAAGUCUAAAACCCUACUUGUGACACCACUCUUCUCUCUAUUUUGCUAGUAAUUCCGACCACUCCCAACUCUUUGGUUAUUAGCUUUAACGCAAAAAUGGAACUUGGAACAUCUUUCAGUGCUUCAAAUGUCAGCAAAACGAUGUUUUUAUCAGUCCCCAUUACCCAAAAAUCAAAUUUAUUUCCAAAUUCUUUGCUCAAUCCCUUUAACUUUUCUUUCCCAACUAUAAAAAACUGUUCUUGCAAAGCAAUUGCUAAAGGGUCCAUCGUCAGCUCCUUGAAAACUCAAGAAAAGGUCAAAGGGAUGUCUUCUGAUCAUUCUCAAGAUCUAGAACUCACAAGUUUAUCAGCUCUAUGCCCAUUGGAUGGUCGUUAUUGGGGUAAAGUCAAAGAAUUGGCUCCUUUUAUGAGCGAGUUUGGCUUAAUUCGUUUCCGCGUUUUGGUUGAGAUUAAAUGGUUGUUAAAAAUGUCUCAAAUUCAUGAAAUCUCUGAAGUUCCAAGCUUCUCUGAAGGAGCUCAGACGUUUUUGCAAGACUUGAUUGAUGAAUUUAGUAUGAACGAUGCCUUGGAAGUUAAGAAGAUAGAGAGAGUCACGAACCAUGAUGUGAAAGCAGUGGAAUACUUCUUGAAACAAAGAUGUCAAUCUCAUCCAGAGAUAGUUAAGGUGCUCGAGUUUUUUCACUUUGCAUGUACAUCUGAGGACAUCAACAAUCUUGCCCAUGCUUUGAUGCUGAAAGGAGCUUUGAACACGGUCAUCUUGCCAGUCAUGGAUGAAUUGAUUAGCGCGAUAUGUGACAUGGCCACAACAUAUUCUUCUGUUCCCAUGCUUUCUCGAACCCACGGGCAGCCAGCUUCACCAACAACCCUCGGAAAGGAAAUGGCAAUUUUUGCUUAUCGAUUAAGCAGGGAAAGAAAGGAGAUUUCUCAAAUUGAGUUGCUCGGGAAAUUUGCUGGUGCUGUAGGAAAUUACAAUGCACAUGUAGCUGCAUAUCCUGAAGUAAACUGGCCACAAAUUGCUGAGGAGUUUGUGAUGUCACUUGGAUUAAAAUUCAAUCCAUAUGUUCCUCAGAUCGAAACUCAUGACUAUAUGGCCAAGCUUUUUCACUCGAUUGUCCAGUUUAACAACAUUUUGGUUGAUUUUGAUAGAGAUGUUUGGGGGUAUAUUUCUCUGGGUUACUUUAAGCAGACAACUAAAGCUGGUGAAAUUGGGUCCUCGACGAUGCCUCACAAAGUAAAUCCAAUUGACUUUGAAAAUAGUGAAGGCAAUCUUGGAGUAGCUAACGGAAAUCUAUCCCAUUUGAGCACUAAACUACCUAUUUCGCGUUGGCAGCGGGAUUUGACAGAUUCAACUGUUCUGAGAAACAUGGGAGUAGGACUAGGACAUUCUCUUCUUGCUUACAGAAGUGCACUACAGGGAAUUCAGAAGCUUCAGGUGAAUGAAGCUGCUCUGAGUGAAGAUCUAGAUAAAUGUUGGGAGGUUCUUGCCGAACCAAUACAAACGGUGAUGCGAAGGUAUGGUGUGCCAGAGCCGUAUGAGAAACUGAAGGCGUUAACGCGAGGAAGAACAGUGACCAAAGAAAUUUGUAGAGAUUUUAUACAAAAAUUGGACAUACCGGCUGAUGCGAAGACAGCUCUCUUGAACUUAACACCUCAUACUUACAUUGGAACAGCUGCAGAAUUGGCUAAGAACAUAACUGAGGCCAUAAAUCUAGAGAAUGGAGCUCAAAUCUUUUGAAAUGAGAGCCGAAAACGUUCGCAACUCUCUGCAUCGGUGGCGGAUGGAGCAUACAAUCAACAGGUUCUACUGAAUCCAACAGUUUCGACACAGAGUAUAGAUCUUUUGUGAAAAAUCACUAAGAUUUCAAAAGAGAGAGAUUUUUGAACCAUUAGAUUCAAAAGUGUAACGGGUUCAGCCAUAAGCUUAAAUGUUGAACCCGUUAAAUUUAAAUUUGGAUCCGUCUUUGCUUUGUAUUAUUUCCAUCCAUGAGUGGUUAUCGACGUGCUAAACUCAUUGGAGAUAUAAUGAAAAUUGUUCUACUCGUAACAUCUUUAGUUUGUUUAAUGCACUAUAAUGUAAAAGAACUUUGAGAAGAUCAGUCCUUUUGAAUUA